AUGUCGCGCUCUAAAGGACCAUGGCAUUCACGUAGAAAAUUGGCAGCAAUGUGUUUUGUCGUCACCAUACUAAUAAUAGCUAUUGAUUAUCGAAAACGGAAAAUGAUCGAGAUGGAAGAAGCCGUAAGACACGGACAAAGCAGCGAUUUUCUCGCUGAUAUCGAUUACGCUCUGGAGACGAUGAGAUAUAUGCAUGACAUGCAGACCGGCAAGGCUGUGAUACGUCCGGUUGUUGAACAGGAACAACCGGUUGUGGAGUACUAUUGGUGGUGUCGUAUCGAUCGAUUCAAUGAUGUUAGUACUGAUGAAUGGACAGAAAACGACAAUCUCUACUUAUAUAACGCUUAUUUGGACACGAGAAAAAACUCACUGUAUCCAUGGCAUGACGUCAUUCAGGUGCUUACCGUAUCUUUUCGUAGUAUACAUCAUAAAGUGUACUGUAAUAUCUUCGACAGUGAACGAUAUGCUGUGGUUGAAGGCUAUGUACGCGAGAUUUGGCAACGUGCAUGGGACCCAAGGGACCAUUUCUACAUCUCUAAUCUGAUCUCCUGCCCAAUACCUAAUCGAUUACGUUCGUCAAAAGAGCUCUACGUAUCGAUUACCUCGGCGCCAUGUCGCGCGCAACGCGUAGCACUUCAGGUGCAUAUCGAUCGAUCGGAGCGCACGAAAGACGCGGUGGCCGUAUGCGUGAAAGGAAUGGAUUUUCAGGGAGAUAUUUCCGUGAGGUUGGCGGAAUGGUUAGAAGCACAAUAUCUUUUCGGUGCAUCUACAGUAACCAUUUACAAAUAUACCGUAUCCAAUCAGGUGCAACGUGUCCUGGACCACUAUGAACAGCAAGGGAAACUUGUACAGAUUCCUUUAACCUUACCAGGUCAUUCGCCUAAUCUUCCUCUAUUGAGAAGCGAAUAUAUAGCGAGGAAUCGGCAGCAAAAGAGACGUCACGAGCUGAUACCGUAUAACGAUUGUCUUUAUAGGCAUAUCGCUACGCAUCGUUACAUCCUUAUACUGGACAUUGAUGAGUUGAUUGUUCCGCUACAACAUGAGAACUACGCGGAACUUCUAGCCACUAUCGAAUCCACGAAAUCAAUCGAUCAGAUCAGUUCGCUGUCCUUCUCGAAUGUGUUUAAAUUUCCCGCCAAAGCAGUGGACAUGUCAAGACCCGCGCAUAUGUACAUGCUACGUAACGCGAUGAGGUCACGUAAAACCAGCGAUCACCGUAAUUACGGGAAAAGCCUGACGAACACAGCCACCGUGGCCACUGUGUUCAAUCAUUUCGCGCUGCAUCGUCUUAUGCCUAACGUCUCCGGAACUAUGUACGUGCCAGAACGACUUGGCAUCAAACUCCACUAUAAAUCGAUGUGUCCAAUAGAGGCACAAAAGGAGUGUGCGGAACUGCAACAGGAUACUGUCAGGGAUCACAGUAUCGAUCGAUUUGCGGACGAGUUAGAGCGACGAGUGAAUCGAACGUUGUCGGAGUUACAUUUGCUAGAGAAAUAA